CACACAGCCGCGAAGCAGCAGGAGAUGGCCCGGCCUGUCUUGCCGCCUCACAGUGGCACUUACGGCGCCUUUGCAAUGGAGGAGUCGGAGUCUCAGAGUGACAGUGAUGGAAUGUGCGGAGGGCCAGCAAGGGCUCAAGUAGAAUGUUUGCCGCACCCAGAGGACAUCUUUGACAUGGGUAUGCCCUCAAAAGAGGAAAGCAGGCUCACUUCCCUUGUUUGUGUGAGACACUGUGGGCAUACACGCAACAUACAUGUGUUGUCAGACACCACUGAACUGGCUGCGGCUCUGGCUAAGGUCGAGCGGCUCCCAAUGGAUGGCAAGGGUCCAGUGCCCGACAUCGUCUACGUGGCAUCGCUCCUUCGCCGGGAGCUGGAGGAGCGCAAACUCAGCUGUGCCAUCAUGCAAGCCCUUGUGGCCCCACAGCACCGGCCAGCCGAGGUCUGCCAGGCAGCAGAGAACCGUGCGCUGCCAGAGCAGCCGGCACAAACAUCCCCUCCAUGGCCCACCCUUCGCCUCCCACCAAAGACAAGGCGAGUGCGCCGUCAUGCUGAGAGGCCUGGCGUCGGCUUGGCAUCACCGCGCCCAGCACAGGACCGGCAGCGGACAGGGAGGAGGACGCAUGGCGCCAAGGCGAGAAAGAGCUCAUCCCAGCAGUGGCGCCCGUCGCCUGUUGCGUUCGACUUUGUCAUCGUAAGACGACGCGUUGCACAAGCAUGAUUUCUGAGCCGAUAUAUGUUAUGAUUUGAUGGCUUUUGUCUUGGUGUCAGGGCAAGAGCUCUGUCCAAUCGGUGGCCAAGCCGAAAUUGGCUGUGAGACAAGACGACCAGGUCAUUGAAGACAAGCCAAGUCCAAGGCGGGCCGCCCCUGAGUCGCCUCGUGGUGUGAAAAAUCGGCCCAAGCCUCUUGCUAGGGGGCCACAAGAGCAUGGGGCUUCCAGCGCGCCCAUCCUCGAUAUAGCGACCGACCCAGCGGACGGGCCAGAACAGGCAGCGGUGGCCAGCGGGGGCGAGCCAGAAGAGACGCCAGAGGCGGCUGUCUCAAUUGAGGGGACACCCGGGAGUGACAUCACGACGGCCGCCGAUGACGCCCACGAUUUGUCCCGCGUCGAGACAUCUGACGCGCAGUGCAUUGGGCAAGAGGAGCCACCCCCUCCAGAACAAGUGUCGGCUUUGGGCUGCGGGGAAGAGGAAUCGGCGCGGGAGACACUGGAACGGCCAAAUGAGGUCAAUCUCGCCUCUUUUGCCACCCACAGCACGUCGCCGGCAGCUGUGUGUCCCUCAAUGGCGAUUGCGGCUCUGGACGCGGCUGCCCCCUCUUCCAGCACAAGUGACGAUAAGGGUUCAGAGGGGUCUGAGUGUCUCAUGGCGAUGAAAGUGGCAGCCGAGGGGGUUGUCAAGUGUAGCCCGCUGAGGGGACAGCGCGGCGAAAGAGAACAACAACACAAGGAGACACCGAGACGGACAAAGCCCGAGCCAACUGUAUCUGCCUCGGAGGAUGUCCCGUCUUGCUGCGUUGACGAUGAUGAUAGUGCGGAGCUCGACAAGCCAAGCUAUCCCACCCCUACUCUCGAGCCGAGACCCCCACAGGCAUCGCCCGAUGCAUCAGACCCCCCACAUGAGACAGCAGAAGGCGGGACGAAGGUCGAAAUUGUCACCCUACCACCAGCCAAGAAUGAUGAUGCUGCUCAACAAGAGAAAUACGAUGACAAGGAUGGCAAGGAACGCACCGAGGCGGCUCUUCCGGAGGGGAACACCAACCCCCGGAGGAAACGGAUGGCGGCACACGCCACAGCCAAGGCCCCGAGGACCCGGCCCACCAGUGCCCGUCCCGCCUUGAAUCCUCUGGCGAUCGACUGGAUGGGCAUCUCGCCCAGCAGCGUACUGGUGGACUACUCGAAUGAAUACCGGUCGAUAUCUGACAUUCUGUGCUGUGCGGACGCUUCGCGGAAGGAGUGGGUGUUGCGGGAGACGAUGCACCUGUUCAAGCACUUCUGUGAGGUCAUGCAGCCCCUGCAGGUCCAUUUAGACCGAUUCCAGGUGAACAAUUAGCCUAAACGCGUUUCAAUCCAGACGACAGACACAUUGCUUUCUUUCUCUUCUCUGUCUUUUCGUGUCAGGACGAUUCCUCAGGUCGUGCAGAUUCGCAGCGCGACAAGAGAGCCGAGAUGCGAGCCGCGUUGCAGACUUGCCUGCAGGCUCUGCCAGGCCCCUCGUCAUCCACUGGCCUCUACGGUCUUUUUCUCAGGGGCAUCCUGCAGCCCAUCGACCGCCCUCCUGCGAACGGCACUGACAAGGACACUGACCGCAAGCCGCUUGGCUACGCCACACUGGAGCGGCUGUUGUCGAGGGAAGAUGACUUGGUAGCGAGUGCCGUGCGGCAGCAGAUGGAGAAAGACCGACAAAGAGAAGAGAAGCCGCUGUCGGUGUACUCUUUGAGGUAUUAUCGCGUGGUCCAGCAUCGCACGGAGGUGUACGAUAUUGUCACAAGGUAUCUUGGCAGAAUUCGCGCAUACAUUCUCUGCCACUCCUGUCCGUGUCCCACUUACAACAUGUCUCUCUCUCUCUUUCUUAGGGCGUUGCAUCAGAAGGAUGGCUGGGAGGAGCUGCCUCACGGGCUGGGGCUUGGCCCGUGCUGGAACCUCCUGUGGACGUGGGGCCGUCCGCGCGUCGACUACUCUCGUCUCCUACAAUGGCAGAAGGUCAACCAUUACCCCCACUCCAGACACCUUACACGCAAGGACUACCUCAAGCGGUGCAUCGAGCGCUAUGUCAAGAUGGGCGGCAAGGCGGGAGAGGCCUUCCGCAUCAUGCCGCUCACCUUCACCCUGCCCAAGGAGUACGUGCCUUUUGUCGAGGCUUUCUCGGGGACGCCUGACGAGGAGAGGGACCACCGGCUGUGGAUCCUCAAGCCGGCGGGCAGCUCGCGCGGCCGUGGGAUUCAGAUCAUCAACGACCUGAGCGGUGUGACAUAUGGCGAGCAGAUGGUCAUCCAGGAGUAUAUUCGCAGGCCCUUGUUGCUGGAGGGCUUCAAAUUUGACCUCCGAGUCUAUGUGCUUGUGACGUCAUUCCAGCCUCUCGAAGCAUUUGUCUACAAGAGGGUACGAUUGCUUCCACCUUGUCAUGCAUAUCGCGUCUCUCUCUCUCUCUCUCUCUCCCUCUCUGUUGCCAUUCUGCAUUGACCAGGGGUUUGCCCGCAUCGCCACGGUGCUCUACUCGGCUGACCCGCGCGACAUCCACAACCGUUUUAUCCAUCUGACCAAUUCAUCCAUCCAGCGACACAACAUGCCCGACGCCACACAGCCCACCAGCAAGCAACACGAGACCGCACAGCCCCACGACGAGCCGAUCGACAGCCCGCCCCUCGAUGUGCUAUUCGGCGGCACCAAGAUUAGCCUGGAUGAUUUGACAACGAGGCUUGAGGCCAGAGGGAUCGACUGGGCUGAUCUCUGGAGACGCCUCUGCGACGUCGUUUUGAAGAGUCUCUGCUGCUGCCAGGACUUCAUCCCUCACCAGAGGAGCGCAUUCGAGCUGUUUGGCUACGACAUCCUAAUCGACGAGCGGCUGAAGCCUUGGCUGCUAGAGGUGAACGCGUCGCCGUCUCUGGGUCAGGAGCAUGUGCUCGACGAGAAGGUGAAACUGCCUCUCAUCUCCGACACCAUAGACCUGGUCGCCCCGUUGGCCUUUGACAGGCAGAAACUUGUACAGGUCCGUCACCAGGCCGGGCUGCUCAUACUCCACUUGCAGUGCCAAUGGUGUCUCUGUCUAUCUGCCGUUCGAUUCAUUCAGGUCCUUAGUCGCCGUCUGGAGGGCUCUCAGAAGACCUCAGCCAGCGUGACAGGCGUAUCGGUUUCUGGCUCGUCCAAAAUCCACCAGCAGCUCAUGGUCGACAUCAAUGCUGUCCUCAACAAAGCGCCCCUACGCCGGCCCGGCGAGCUGCCGGGCGAGCUGGCAAGACGGGGCGACUACGAGUGCAUAGCGCCGUCACGGGCAUGGGACGGUAUACUAAAGGUACGCAGAUGCAUCUUCGGCGCGACGUGACCAGAUGAGAUUACAGUCGUGUUGCCUCUCGCGCGUGCAUGGGAGCACUGAUAUUAGCUUUUGGUACACAUGUCUCUUCGUUGUACAUCCGUGUUACACACGCUUAUGUCAGACGCCUUUACUUCAUAGUGUGUGAUGGACGACACAUGGACCAGUCCCCUUCACGGUGCCUAGAGUCACAUGCUCAGCGCUUUUUGCUCACUCUCUUGACGGCGUCAUUAGCCGCCUGUGCAGCUCCAUUGCUGGCAAUAAAGGUGUAGUGCUUUAACAAGUAC